UGAGCGCACUAACCAGGUACGAGUAAAUUCGUUGUUUUUUUCGUGGUUUUUCGCGCGCCACGGCCGAAAAAGCCGAGGCGUCGUGAAUUUCGCUUGUUUCUGACUCCGGACGUGUCCUUCGAGUACGCAAACAACGCUUAUAAUAACUACUGUAAAUAGAGAGUGUAUAUAGUGUGAUAAGGGAGUGAUAUAGGUGUGCGGCAGUUUAGUUGGCAAUGAGUUCAAGCAACAAAUCGGUGUCCUCCGGUGGGAGAGGCACCAAUAAAAAUAAAUCAUCACAACAACAUGGGAAAUCAGAUCAUCAUCUAACUAAAGCAUCGGAUUCGAUAAAGCAUGAAAAAACGCAGCCAAACACUGUUCAGAUGCGGCAUGCACAAAUCAUUGACACUAGAAUGGGUAGCGGUGAAGAUCCUGUUUUGAAAGAGCGCAUAAAGCAAGUCAUGGAUAUGACUAGACGAUCAGAAGAUGAAGUUGUUAUGGCUUUACAUGAUAGUGAUGGUGACUUGGACCGUGCCGUUAAUGAUCUUUUGGAGGGAGUAAAAACAGAAUGGGAAGUGAAAAAAAAGAAGCCUCGUCAACCUAGUGGUUCAAAACAAAAUAUGGAUACCUCUGGUGGUCAAGAUGAAGGUGGUGAUUGGGAUGAGAGGCGUAAUCAACGAGGAGGUGGUCCUCCACGUAUGCGAGGUCGUGCUAACCAUGAUAAUCGUGGAUGGCGCGGUCGAGAAAAUAAAGAGAACGAAAGAAACAUGGAAGAUGGUAUUCGUGAUGGAAGUUACAGUGGUAACAGAAGAGGAAGAGGUGGUCCAGGAAGACCAGGUCGAGGAGGACGAGGUGGAGGGAGAGGACUUGGUCCACGAACAUUUGCUAACCGUAAUGACCCAUCAUCUACUUCAUCUGCUCAUAGUUUUAAUCGAUCAAUUGAUACAUGGACAGGUAAUGAAGAGCAACAACAAGCUGCUCAGGAGCCAAAGAUGGAUGCAUGGAAUAAUUUGGAUUCUGCAGAAGACUGGGAGAAUGAAGAAUAUACAGGUUCAUUGGCGGAUACAAAAGUUUUUACACCGAGCACUUCUGCAGCAGAACCUACACCUUCUACAGAAGAAGCAAAAACUCAAGAUCUGCAACCAGUGCAACCUAACCAGACUGUAAAUUUAUCAUUACUACAACAGGAAGAAUUACCAAAAUUAUCAGAAAUACAACCAAUACAACAACAAACUUUAAUUCAACAAACUCAACAACAACAACCUGUAUUGAGCUUACCUACAAUGCAGCUAUCACAGCAACCAAACGCUAUAAGUGGUGGGGUAUUAACAGCUGCCCAAACACAAUAUUUAACACAACUUACCCAACAAACAAGUGAAAACUUGAAAUCUGCUGGACAAAAUACAUUCUCCUCGUCGAUAUCCAGCCAGCCUCAGAGGCAGACAAAACAACGUCCAAGGGUGCCACCACCAUCAAAAAUACCAUCAAGCGCUGUAGAAAUGCCUGGAGAUGCUGUUAAUAGUGGCAUUGGAUUUCUUGAUGUCCAAUUUGGUGCACUGGAAUUUGGUAGUGAUUCAAGCUCUCUUGAUGGUUCUGCAAAUGAAAAAUACAAUUCAGCUAAUAAUACAAUAGCUGGUGUAGAGGUAUCUUCUACUACAAAUGCUGUAAACACUGCCAAUACAAAUAAUUCCAUGGAUAUCGAAACAACGCAACCAUCAUCGACGACACCUUUUAAUACUACUUCUCAAAUGUUAUCAAAUAGCGACAAUUUACCGGUAUCGAGUGAACAUUCGAUAAACGCUCAAACAUUCACUGCUCGUGGUAGCAGUUCUGGACAAACUUUAGAUAUAACUAAACAAGAUUUCACUUCACAAGUCUCACCAGGAAAUGCACCUCCGUAUGGUACAACAACAACUUAUCAAUCUCAAAAGUCAUCAUUUCAAGCACCUACAGCGACUCCCAGCACUUAUAACGCAUAUUCUACAAAUGCUCAAUCUGCUCAAUCAUCUUUUCAAACCGCAUCCGGCACGAGUGCUAAUAGUUAUUCUGCAACAGCAACUGUUUCACAAGCAAGUUAUAAUUCUUCAUCAUCAUUUCCUCAAUCUAAUACAUCAACCUUUAGUCAAGCUUCUCCCUCUGCAUCUGCAUCUGCAACUUCAGGUUAUAACCAACCAACAACUACAAAUCAGGUAUAUCAGUCUGCGACUGGAUAUGUACCUACCACAACAUCUCAAUAUCAAGCACAGUCUGUAGCUACAAAUACUGUAUCAAAUAGUAGUACAGGCUAUCAAACAAGUGGAUAUCAAGGAUCGUCUUCGUUUCAGUCGACCCCACAAGCUUAUCAACCAUCUGUUACUACAUUUACUUCACCUAUUACCCAAACAUCCGGAGCUUACCAAAGCGCAGCACAGUCUGUAUAUGCAAAUGCAUAUGGCACAUACGCCAGUCAACAACAAACAGCGUCUCACAAUCAUAAAUUGAACAGUAAUACAACAAAAGAUUCUCAAUAUGAUAGUAACACGACGACAUCAAAUAGUUCUCUUGCGACUACAACGGCACCCACAUUAGGUCUUAGUUCUGCCUCCGUAAAUAGUUCACAAACUAAAGUAACAAAUUCUAAUGCGGUACCGAAAAGUACAUCGAGUGGUGUAGUAACGGGUAGUAGUGGAACUGGAAAUAUGACAGGUGGUGGUGCAGCUGGUAGCAUGACUCCAAUGCUAAGUCAUCAAUAUAUUAUGGGCCAAGGUGUACCUUAUGCGUUCCAACAACCAAUGUACAGUUAUGAGGAAUUACAGCUUAUGCAACAAAGAAUACCGCAUAUGCCAACUACUGGUUACUAUGACGCGGCCUUGGGCUAUCAGACAACCGGCCCUGCUACCAGUCUCGGUGGGGGACGAGGAGAUGCACUUUCCGGUGUACAAGGUGUUCAAGGAGUACAAGGCGUACAAGGAGCCUAUACCAGUAUUAGUGACGCCAGGUUCGCCAGAAACGACAGCAAUGCAUCUCCAGUUCCAUCAACUAUGUCACAACAGACUGCUACACAGCAUCAACAACCAAUGAUGAAUCCUACACUACCUCCAACAUAUGCAUACUUUGCAUAUGGUGGUGGAAUAAUGCCAGGUGGCUUUCAAUAUGGAACCCCUGCUAUUUAUCCUCAGAUAGCGACUGCUGGUAACGCGGGUACGAACAGUGGUGCAUAUAGUGCUAAACCAGGAAGUUAUGGAUCUGGAUAUGGAGCUGGAGCAAGUUAUGAUGCUUUAGCAUCUGCUGGUCCUGCGGCCGAAUAUAAAGGUGCGGGAAACAGCUAUACCACCACACAAACUGGUAAAACAGGAACAUCUACCGGAAAUACGAAUACUGGUGGAUCAUCUGCAACCGAUAUAAGCGCCACUAUGUAUGCUAAGAGUCAUGUAGCGCUUAGUAAAGUGAAUUCCUACGAUAAACAAACUUUUCACUCAGCAACUCCCCCGCCAUUUAGUCUGACUGGGAGCCAAAAUGCUGGUUUGCCUGGUGCAUAUGGAACACCACAUUUGUUUAUCCCAACUAUGCCUCAUCAACUGCACCAGCCACUUCAUCAAGAUGGUGGUAGCAGUGCAGGCCAAAGGUCCAAUACAAGUUCCCAAAACAAAGCCCAAGCAAAGCCUGGAUAUAGUCCUAGUUACUGGACUGGAAGUAAUUAAAAAAUUGGACUGCGCAAGGAAAAUGAGAGGAUAAAAGCAAAACUGCACCAUUUUAGACAAACUACCAUUUCGCCAUAUGAUACACGGUGGUGUGAAAUAAGGACAUUGACACAAUGAUACAAAGGACACAAGACAAGACGAUUUUUUUCUUUUUUUCUUUCUUGGUGAAACUAAAUGAUUCUGGUAUGACACGAGUUAAUGUAAAAUAUAAAAUUAAUCUUAAAAUGUGGAAGGAUUAAGCAAUUUUUAAAGAUUUUGUGUUUAACACGGUGGUAAUAUUUCUUUUCCACAUAAAUCUGCUACAACAAUUAGUUAGAAAAAACGUUAUACUCUUUUUAAUUAGUCAUAUUAAUUUCUACAUUCUUAUAUCUUGAGAUAUUAAGUUGAAUUACAAAGAAAUCUUUUGACACGUUAUUAUUUUACUUAUAAUAAUAUAUAAUUCAUUAAUUGUAUUAAACAGUUUUUGGUGUGUAUAAUGCAAUAUACAUAUAUAUAUAUUUAUAUAUAAAUAUAUUUCUUUAAAGUGAAAUGUAAUACGCAAAAAGAAAAAGAGGAGUGGUCAAAUGCAGCAUGAAAAAAUUGCAUAGUUCUUCCUACGUGAGGCGCAUUCGUGCCAAAUAAAUUUAUAGCGUUUAUAACGUAUAAAACCGUGAAACGAAUGAUCGUACAUAUUUGUCAAGAUAAAGAAGAACAGAAUUAAUUGUAGUAUGUUGAAACGCUAUGAGAAAAGGAAAAUCAAGAUUUGUGAGUAGCUCUCGUGUGAAAUACUGAAAAGAUGAUCUAGAAGAGUAAUUGACUGUUAAAUUUACUUCCGAUCUCUUAUCUGUAUACUACUGUGCAAUUGCGAAUAUACUGCAUCGACUGCAAAGGGUGAUAGUUUUUUUGUAUGAUGUAGGCAUCUCGGCUCAUUAACAUCUAAAGUGCUUCUUUACAUGAAAACAAAGCACCCCAUACGUGAUGGAACAUAAAACUAUACUAUGUAAAUUACAAUUAUUGUAUGUAUUUAACCAUGGAACAUCAGGUAUAUAAAGUUAUAAUCAUCAUAAUGUUGUCACUUUUGGUAUUUAAAAACGAAUGUAUAAUCGCACUAGUUUCGCAUUCUUGCGCGCACCCAUAUAUAGAUAUAUUUGAUUUGGUCGCCUUGCAUUUCUUUUAGUUACCAGAAUUUUAUGAACGUUAUAUUUUAUUAACAAAAAGCUAUUAAACCAAAAAGAAGAUACCGUCAUACCAUGUUUUCAAAGAACGUUGAUUUCAAAAUGAGAGCGGUACUUAUUUAAUAUAUCUUAUGUUUAUAAAAGCGGCGUUGCAGAUUAGAUAGUGCCACAAACUACUAAGAAAAACAAGCAGAAUUCAGUAAUUUUCUUGUGGUGCCUUGAAUAAAAUUCAAAUAAUAGAGUUCAAACAUCUGCUUUUUGCAGGAAUUUCUCAUAUAACUUUUUACAAUCCUUUCAUACUGUAAGUUGUAUUAUCUAAAACGUACAUUACCUUACCCUUAUUCAUAUAUUAACUUUUACUAAUUACUCUAUAUCAUCCAUGUAAUUUAUCUUCUAGGAAAUAAUAGUUGAUGCUUUAGUUUAAUAACAAUUUUAAAGUUUUCGUUUGCAGAGUAUUGUUUGCCCUCUCCAAAUUUAUAGUUUUCAAAGAGAUCCAAAUGAUUCUUGGAUCAAUAAUUGCAUUAUACAAAUACAAUAUAUCUGAAAACAGAUAAAAAGAUUAAUUUGUCAACAAAUUAUUUAUAAUUAUUAUGAAAUAGUUACACCAGCUUUAAAACUACAUUUUUGAAACUUAUUAUGUAAGGAAGUUCUUCGGAUAUAGAAGAAAAAUAAGACACAUAUUAUGACAUUCUAUUUGAUGUUUACAAAAUGUAUAGUCCAAAUAAUAAUCUUAUGUGGCUACGUCGUAAGUUCUUCAAUUUCUUUUUUACUUUUUGCUUUUAAUUCAUACUCAUUUCUAGGAUCUGCUUAAAAACUGUAAUAUUUGUUAAUACAUAAAUAAAAAUGAAUUUUAGUUGAUCAAAGUAUUGAGUAUUGAAUGUUGAAUAAAUUUAUGUUGAACAUUACAUGCUGAUUACAAAUACGUACAUAAACGAGAUCAACCCGCACUGUUUACAUUUUUUUAAUUUAAUAUUAAUAUAAUUUUUCAACGAAUGUAAUAAAAAACAAAUGUCGAUGUUAGUGUACCGCUAAUAAGUAUUCACAAUGACCUGUAUCAUUUUAAUUAGAUUAUAAUAAAGAGGAAAAUGUAAUUGUCGAUUCCGUCUGAUAAAACAAUUUUCAUACUAUUACAUUAUUUAUGCUGAUUAGAAACAUAUUGUACAGUUAUAAAAUAAUCAGACGAAAAGGAGUAAAAUAAUACAUUAAUUAACACAAGUCAUUUUAGGAAACAUACAUUACAUUUUUGCAUUGUGGAUAGCAAUCAUUACAAUAUAAUUCCUAUCAUUAAGAGUAAACGAAGAUAUGAGUAAAGUAUUUUCACGAGAUGCUGUUGAAAUCCUUACGACCUAGCAUGUAUUAUACUUUGGGAAUAAAUUGUUUUAUCGCAAAACAAGUACCGUUUCCGAGUACCACUGAUACGAAAAAAAAGUACAUAAUUGUAAGUAAAAUCUUGUUAGCAAUUGCAUUAUACAUAUAUAUAAAUAUAUACAAAAUUGAAUGACAUCGAUAUGGAUAGGAUAUGUUUGAAAAUCAUGGGAGACCAAGUGUAGAAUAGUUCUCUUUAGAAGAACAAAGAAAAUGUAAAUCUGUAACCAUAAAUUACCGAGAAAAAAAUGAUCGAUUUUAUCGACAAAAUCAUUCUCGGAUACGGAUUAUUCGAUCAUCCUGACUAUACAGGAUAACGAAACUUUACUGUGUAACACUAAUGACUUAAUAACUUUAAAAUAUUGUGCUAUACAAAGAAAACUUUACAAAUAUACGUAUGAUUUUAAAUGGUUGCUAAAUAUGUUAUCAUUAAAAGCUUUGAAAUUAA